AUGACAGAUGCUAUCAUUUGUCAGACUGUGAUCAAUCAGAUUCCAGUGAAAGCAGUAAAUGCUGAGAGUCGACGCAAUCAACUCAUGAGAGAUAUGGCCCAGUUACGAUUACAGGCUGAAGUGUCUCAACUAGAGGGUUCCCUGGAAAUUGACCAACCAAUUUUCCCUCCUUAUCUGGUAGCACAUACCUCUGUACUCUGUGAUGCUCUCCCUUAUCUGAAGCAGUUAACUCAAACGGCUCGUUGUAUAAUUAUUAUACCAUUAGCUGUUAUCGAUAUUCUUGACUUUUUGAAGAAGACAAGUGCCAAAGCCCGUGAAGCCAUUCGGUGGCUUGAACUGGAGUUUCGACAUGGUAACAGAUACAUCCGUGCUCAAAAGUGCAACGAGAGAUUGUCACUGACUGGCGACAGCAACCUAAAGAAAACCAACAGAGAUGUUUGGUGCCUGGUUGAGAUUGUCGAUUGUUGUCAGUACCUUGCACAACAGAGCGGUGACUUUAGCCACAGUGGAGUGACCACAGUGCUAAUUAGUAAUGACCUAAAUACAUGCGAUGGAUCAAAUUUCAUUAAGGACAUGCAAAACAAAGGCCAAUGCCAAGAUAUUUCCUUUGAAAAAAUUACUGACUUUGUCAGCAAAUGGAAAGGAAUAUGGAAAAGUAAAGGUUGAGGUUUCUGCCCAAACUUACAGAAUGGUGGAACUUUAACAAUGAACUAUUGGUGCCAGAUUCUUCAGUUAUAUCUACCUGCGGCUGGCAUUUUGAGUGUGUUUUUGCUUGCUAUCUCUAUUGAUAACAUUGCAUCAGUACCUACUGUCUGCCACUUACUUAAUAAAAACGGAAGAGAACAGGGAUGCUGACGAUGACAACAACAACAAUGGCAACAGAAACCAACAGUGACAUCGACAGCAUUGCAGGGGAAGUUAAUCACUUUUACCACCAGCAGUAGAUUGGCCUUCAGAACUUAGAUUUAAGGAGAUAAAAAAAUAUACCAUCGACAAUAACAACAACAUCAACAACAACUGCAGUAGAAGCAGUAAUUGAAACAAAGAAAAUCAGGAGAAGAAACUGAACAUGUAAUUUCAUGCCAAGCAAUGUUGUUUUGAAGGAGACCGAAUAAUGCAAGCUGUCUUUGUCAUAUUCCAACAAUUACCUUGUAAUCUUUAUCCUGUUCUGUUUCGUCCUUCAAUCAAACAGUAAUGCUUGCACCAAACUCCCUUCCUGACUAAAAAGGAAAAAAAAAAAAAAAAAAUUUUAAUUAAGGUAUAAUAUAUAAAUAAACAGUAAAGGAAAAAUAAAAAUCUUGAUAGAACACAGAAAGAAACUGUUGGUCGUAAAAAAAAUCUUUUAAAAAAAAAAAUGAAGAAAAAUUUCUUAAUGAAUCUGCAUCAAUAAAAAAAAUAACAUAGAAAUAAUAACAACAAAAAAUGUGGCCAAGCCAGUUCUACUAGUGGCUACUGGAAACUUUGGUCCUCCCUGGAUAUGACCCGACCCCUGUUCCCUUGAAUGACAUCCCCCCACUCCUCUGUUUCAGGGCCGACAAUAGGAAAUAGAUUCAUUUUGGUGUUUUGCC